AUGUCCUCAUUCUUCAACACCACCGCAAAGCUCCACCACGUCACCACCCUCCCCCACGGCGUAACCUUUCCAACCGCCAUAACCCACCUCCAAAACCACGACCUCCUCAUCCGGCUCGACCCCGAACUCGCACACUACGAGACGCUCCCCUCCCCGCCCGACACCCCGCAGACCAAACGCUACAAAGUAACCGACCACAUGAAAGCGCUCCCAGCCGGGCUGUGGGACUCAACUGUAACCUUCGAAUCGCUUCUCACGAACACGGACGACGGCGUGGAGUGGGUUAUCAAAGCGCCGCUCGGGCUCGUGCAGCGCACGACGUGGAAGCUCGUCAAGACGGCGGAGGUGGUGCGGGGCGCGGACGGCGAGCACAACGACGAAGGGGGCGAGGGGAGCGAGUGGAGUCUCGUGGAGGAUGUGGAGAUUAGUGCGUCGAGGUUGCUUGUCGGGACUGUCAAGGGGAAGUGCGAGGAGAAUUGGAGGGGGAUUCAUGGGAGGUUUGUUGGGCAUUUGAAGGAGGGGGGUGGAGCGGGCGCGUCAUAG